AUGGGUGUCUGUGUAUCUUGUUGCUUCAGAAAGAGACCAAGAAACGGACUUUAUGAACCACUGUUGCAAGAGAGUGAACGUGAGGCUGUGGCCGUGUUAUUGGAAUAUCUUGAGCAUCGAGACGAAACAAACUUCUUCGAGGGCGAACCAUUACAUUCGCUGUCUACUUUGGCGUUCUCUGAUAAAGUUGAGUUGCAACGGUCUGCUGCAUUGGCGUUCGCUGAAAUUACUGAAAAAGAUGUUAGAGAAGUAGAUCGCGAAACAAUGGAACCAAUUAUGUUCCUCCUUCAAUCUCCUGAUGUUGAGGUGCAGAGAGCCGCAUCCGCCGCACUUGGAAAUCUAGCUGUGGACUCUGAGAACAAACUCCUCAUCGUGCAGAUGGGAGGAUUGGAGCCCUUGAUACGUCAGAUGCUGUCACCUAAUGUUGAAGUUCAGUGUAAUGCUGUUGGAUGCAUAACAAAUUUAGCUACACAUGAUGAAAACAAGUCUAAAAUAGCCAGAUCAGGAGCUCUUGUCCCACUGACACGUCUCGCACGAUCUAAAGACAUGAGAGUACAGAGAAAUGCCACAGGAGCUUUAUUGAAUAUGACUCACUCAGAUGAAAACAGGCAACAGCUCGUAAAUGCUGGAGCUAUUCCGGUGUUAGUCGGGCUACUUAAUUCGCCUGAUACAGAUGUCCAGUAUUAUUGUACAACUGCUCUCAGUAACAUUGCUGUUGACGGUUUCAAUCGUAAGAAACUGGCUUCAACAGAGACUCGGUUAGUCCAAUCGUUAAUUGGAUUAAUGGAUUCAACUUCACUCAAAGUACAAUGUCAAGCUGCACUGGCAUUAAGAAAUCUUGCUUCUGAUGAGAAAUACCAACUCGAAAUAGUCCGCUCAAAAGGCCUCCCACCUCUCCUCCGUCUUCUUCAAUCCUCUUUCCUUCCUCUAAUCCUUUCUUCAGUAGCCUGUAUCCGUAAUAUCUCCAUCCACCCGUUGAACGAAUCUCCUAUAAUCGACGCAGGAUUUCUUCAACCUCUCAUCCAGCUGCUCGCAUAUGAAGAAAAUGAAGAAAUCCAAUGUCAUGCCAUAAGCACGCUAAGAAAUCUUGCCGCAAGUUCAGAGAAAAACAAGCGUGCUAUUGUUGACGCGGGAGCUGUAGAGAGAGUGAAAGAGUUGGUACUGAAUGUGCCAUUGGGCGUACAAAGCGAGAUGACAGCCUGUGUUGCUGUUUUGGCUUUGAGUGACGAACUUAAGCCACGGUUGCUUCAAAUGGGAAUAUGCCAAGUAUUGAUUCCGUUGACUAGUUCUCGUAGUACGGAAGUUCGAGGUAACAGCGCUGCGGCUUUGGGCAACUUGUCGUCUAAAAUACAUGAUUAUACACCGUUCAUACGUGUUUGGACAGAGCCAGAUGGUGGUCUUCAAGGAUAUCUCGAAGAUUUCCUUAAUAGUGAAGACAAAACAUUUCAGCAUAUUGCCAUUUGGACGAUAGUUCAAUUCUUAGAAGGAAAAGAUCCACAGCUUCGUAAAAUUAUUUCGUCUUCGAGUAAGAUAGUAUCAGCUAUAAAUCGUCUGGCGGAGAUCGGGUCAAACUCUGAUGGCGAAGAGCAGUUGUCUGAUGAGGAUGACACUAAUGAAGGAGAUAUCGUAGCGUUAGCGCCGGAUGGCGUAUUCUUCGCUGAACUAAACGAGUUCUUCACCCGUGAAUUAGCCGAGGAAGGUUACUCGGGUGUUGAAGUACGUGUCACUCCCGCCCGUACAGAGAUUAUUAUCCGCGCCACGCACACUCAGGAAGUACUCGGAGAGAGGGGUAGACGAAUCCGAGAGUUGACUGCAUUGAUACAGAAGAGGUUUAAGUUCCCUGAGAAUAUGGUUGAAUUGUACGCAGAAAAAGUAUUGAAUCGAGGAUUGUGUGCUAUUGCACAAUGUGAAAGUUUGCGAUACAAAUUAUUGGCUGGAUUGGCCGUUAGAAGGGCUUGCUAUGGCGUACUUCGUUUUAUCAUGGAAUCAGGUGCAAAAGGCUGUGAAGUUGUUGUAUCCGGUAAACUUCGAGCCGCUCGUGCUAAAUCCAUGAAAUUUGUCGAUGGGUUCAUGAUUCACUCUGGACAGCCAAUUCGCGACUAUGUUGAUACAGCCAUUCGCCACGUUAUGUUAAGGCAGGGUGUGUUAGGGAUCAAAGUAAAGAUUAUGUUGGAUUCAGAUCCCAGCGGUAAAAUGGGUCCGAAGGAUCCUCUUCCUGAUGUCGUUACAAUCAUGGAACCCAAAGAAGAAGCUCCAAUUCUCCAACCAGCUUCCGAGGACUUCACUCGUCCAGCAGAAAGUGUUCCAGUCACUGUUCCAGUCAGUGUUUCAGCCAUUCCUCCUGUGGCGGGUAUUCCUGAAAUAUCACAAGAUUUUCCAACUGCUGAAGUUACUGUACCUGAGUCAGAGGGGUGGAACCCGGGGGAACCUGAAGCUGGAGCUGGAUGGGGCGCUACUGAGACUAAUACUGGUACAGAGUCGGGAGGAGGAUGGUAG